GCGGGGGCUCAUGGCUUGGUUGUGGGUUGGGCAGGCCAGUUGGGUGUUCUAGCACCUUGGGGAUGUGACUGCGGUUGCAGCCCCUGGGCUUCGUAGGCACCUUCCCUCCACUAGCGACUUGGGUGUUAAUUGUUUAUUGCAUUGUUCAGGCUUUGUUUAAUUCCCAAUAAUUUUAGUUAACUGUUGGGAAACAGAUUGUAUAAAAUGUAAGCUUAACUUAAAUUACUUCAACUUCAAGACAUUCAUUUAGUACAUCUUGGUCAGUUUAUGUUCUGGUUAAACUCAUCGCCAAUAGACGAGCUUGGGGAUGGUGCCUGUUAGAGUGGGUGGCGGUUCCAGGGCGAGCAGUGAGCCUUGAGCAUUGAACCUUGAGCAGGGCACACAGGUAUCCAUGGCAACUCUGCGAGCAGCAACCACCCACCAGACACCGUCACACUGACCAAGUCAGUGGAGAUACUUACCAACCCAAUACUUACCAAAUCCACCAAUGAGGGAGGAAGAAAAAGCAGAACAAACGUACUGUUCGGCACUCAAAACAAACUGCACAACCUCACACGGCUGGAAUGCACAACACAUGCGAUUCGAGAAACCCUGUAUGUCACAUCAAGGCACAUGACUCCCUGACCACCGCCAACCAGCAUUGGCUUGAUUUUAACGUAGCCUAAAUUACAUGUAGCUACAUUUUAAAAACUCUCUUCUCCCUCAAAAAUUUGUUAACAUAUUCACAACAAACAACCAAGUUAUCCAUGGUUACAACACAAGGCAAGCACACUUCUUUCAUCUACCAUUAUGUGGAACUAAAAUCCUUUAAUUCUCUAUUUUCUGUCAAUAUUUUAAACUCUCUUCCUCUUGAGAUCACUGGCUCUUCAUCUCUUGCAUCCUUUAGGAAAAAUCUUAAAACAUCUGUUAUUAGCAAUUACUACUUCUUUUGAGUGAACAAAUAUGGCUUGUCAAUAUGUCAUUUACUAUAGUAAUGUAUAGUUUUAGUCAUCUUGUAUUUCUUGGAAGGGAACCAUAAGUUUACAAGCCCCUUGGUUUUUAUUAUGUUCCCUUGACAUUUUUUUUUCUAUUUUUUGCAUACUUAUAAUUUUAACUUCUUUGUAUCUUUUUUUAUGGCAAUUAAAAAUGAAAUAGAAAUAAAUUAAUUAAUUAACUGUGUAUUUUCUUGUAGGGAUCGACCCAAACUUGUUUUCUUUGACUUAACGGAAUGUAUUUCUACACUCACACAAGUUUCAACUAACCUGUUUGGGGCAUCCUGUCCUACAAAACAGCUUUGUGCAAAGAAGUGUCCAGAAAGGAAUGCCUUGGGAUUCAGAUAUGACAACACAUCAGACCUUGUGUGCGAUUAUGAUAUUGAUUUCACCAAUUUUUCUCCGACUGAAGAGGAGUUACUUCAGUAUAUCAGGGAUAAGAGAUGUGCUCCAUAUUACCUUGAGAGUUCUGAUGUCCUUAAUCGCUGCGUACCUACAGUUGUGGGUAAUUUGGUGUCCAACUUGGGGGAGAGCUUACAAAGUGCAGAUGGAACAAAUAUCACUAGUGCAGAUGUUGAGGAGGGAUCUUUAGCUGUUCAAGCACUGCUCAAUCUCCAGAACCUGGGUAAAAAGAUUAUUCAAGAUGUGCAGGCAUCAUGGUACUGGAUUUUAGCAGCCAUGGGAAUUGCCAUGGUAGCUUCUUUCUUGUUCAUCUUUGUAAUGAGAUGGAUUGCUGGACUUUUGGUGUGGGUCACCAUUUACGCUGUACUGACUUCUAUUGGUUUCUCUAUAUACUACUCUUGGACAAAGUACAAGGAACUAUCGUCUAACUCUGGUAACACCACAAGCACAGUCCUGUCGGUAGCCACUGGCCUUGACACCUAUGUUAACAAUGAAAGAACUUGGUACUGGCUGACCAUUAUUCUUGGUGUAAUCUUGGCAAUUCUGGUGUUGAUUCUGCUUGCUCUGUACAAGAGGAUCUCCAUUGCAAUUGCGAUUAUCAAAGAGGGUGGCAGGGCUGUAUCUGCAAUACCAUUUUCCUUGUUCUUUCCUGUUAUCCCGUGGCUGCUGCAGCUCAUUUUGUUUGCAUGGUUUGUUAGCGUCCUAGCCUUCCUGGUUACUGCUGGUGACCCUGAGUUUCAAGUUGUUUCUAAUGACACAGAUAAUGGUCAACUGUGUACUCAAGCAAUAAAAGAUGCAAUUGACAAAGUGGGAAACAGCAACAAAACAUGUAAUUUUGUGGACUUUGCAAAUGAAGAGUGAGUAACAAAUUUAAUUACAAAAGCACUACUUGGAUAAAGUCAAACUAGGUAAAAAUUUUGAUUGUAAAUCUUAAUUUUGUAAAUUUGUGUUGAGCUUUUCUGUAUAUAGUUUGGCCUUCUCUUUUGAGUUUGAAUAAUCUCAAAA